AUGCAUUUUGAGCCCAUGCAGUUUCUGUUCUGGACAAGGACAUUAGCAGCUUCAACUAAUGGACCUACUUUGCGAUCAAGGACUGAAAGGGAUAUUGUUGAUGAAGAAUCUGAAAAUAGUUACGAAGAAUCUGAAAAUCCCAUCAAUGAUGAAGUUGGUAGGAACAACGAAGAGUUUGGUAAUUUCAUAGGAACUUUGGUGAGGAAAAAUAUCCCUGUUUCUUGUGAGGAUUGGAGACUAGUUGAUUCUAAAAAGAAGUUUGAGUUAUGGACAAAAGUGAAGGAAUACUAUGAAGUGGAUGAAUCUGGUAUAGAUUAUGUUAUAACAUCUGCAGCAAAAAAGUGGAGAGAGUUUAAGGCUGACCUAAAGAACAAAUAUUUUGAUGAAACAUUGAGUUUUGAAGAGUUUAUUGCUAAAAGGGAUGAAAGGGUGAAAGAAUCUGAUUGGGAGUGGUUGAUAACUUAUUGGAUGUCUCCAGAAGCCGAGGUUCGUACAAACAGAGGCCGAGCAACAAGGACGCCCUGCGAGAAGAGAUGAAAUAUAUGUUAGAACACACACGCGUAAGAACAAAGAAGGGGAUAUUGUGCCUCUACCUGGAGCAGAAAUAUUCAUU